CAUUCUCUUCCCUAUCCAUUUGUCUUCUUCGGCGCAAUGCCAUAAAAAACCCUAAUCGGAAAUCUCUCUUCCACCUCGCGAGGUAACCUUUCCUGGCCAAAUCUCGGAUUCUCUUACUCCACCAAUCACCGCUUUGCUAUCCUAAUCCUCAUCUCUUCGUUUAAAAAUUUGGUUCCUAUCCGAUGAUUCGAUGUGCUUUUUUAUAUGAAUGCUUGCUUCUGAUUUGAUUCGAUUUCUGUUCUUCAUCGUAAUUUGUUCUUGUUUCUGUAAUCCUUUCAAAUCAUACGAUGUGUAAUUAGGGAUCCGAUUUCCUAAAGCUCUAGGGUUUUUAUUUGCUUAAAGGUGGCAUUUUAUUCCUUUCUAUUGAUUUGGGUGCUUUUUUUUUUAUGUAAGUUCCAAAUUUGGGUUUUCCUUCAGCUUCUCGUCUGCCGGAAAUAAUUUCUUUUUGUGAGUUCACAUGGGGUUUCAUUGGUUUUUUGGGUGAAUGGAACUGAUUCUUUUCUUUCAGGCGGUGGAGCAGUUUUGAGAACCCUGGUAUCAAAUUAGGGUUUGGGAGCUUUUACCGGGUUUCUGUUUCAAUGGGUAAGCUCCAUACCUGUCGAUUUGGCUGGAUCUAACAGAGGUUUGAUGUUCUCUAGAUGGUCUGUACUUAAGCUUUUCUUUCUGAAGAAAAAAGACUGCAUCUUGGGAUGAUUUUUUAGAAAGGAAGAAAGGAAAAUGUAUAGAGGGGGUCUCGAUAGAUUUAAGAAAGCCCAAUCUUUGGAGCCAUUCUCAGUUAGCCUCAAUUCAUCUUCCAAAACUACUUCAGCUCCUAAACCAGCCCACCCUCCAGUCCAGUCACUGCAGCCGCAAAAUUCUCGCCUAACCCAUAAUCAGCAUCAACAGCAUGUCGCCUCGAAUCCUACAGGACCUGAAGCGGUGGUUCCAGCUUUGCAGACCACUCAGGUUGGUGGAGGGCAAUCCACCUGGCAGCCUCCGGAUUGGGCUACUGAACCCCGUCCGGGGGUUUACUAUCUUGAGGUGUUGAAGGAUGGAGAGGUCAUCGAUCAGAUCAAUCUAGAUAAGCGGCGGCAUAUAUUUGGGAGGCAGUCCCCGACAUGUGAUUUUGUGCUAGAUCACCAGUCUGUGUCACGCCAACACGCAGCAGUGGUUCCCCACAAGAAUGGAAGCAUUUAUGUGAUUGAUUUGGGGUCGGUUCAUGGUACAUUUGUUGCAAAUGAGAGACUGACUAAAGAUAAUCCAGUUGAGCUUGAAGUUGGGCAAUCGCUACGGUUUGCUGCUUCAACCAGAAGCUACAUCUUAAGAAAGAAUACAGCUGCUCUUUUUCCCACCCCAACACUUCCUGCAGAAAUUAAUCUACCUUCCCCUCCAGAUCCUUCUGAUGAAGAUGCUGUGGUGGCAUAUAAUACGAUACUCAACCGCUAUAGUGGUAUUAGUCAAUUGGAUCUUUCAUCCAAGUCUAAGCAAUCUUCAGGCAAUUUGUCAAGUGAAACUGAUGAUAACCAUCUGUCAGGAAGGUCUGCCAAAAGAAUCAGGAAAGCAAGAGUAGCAUUUAAAGAUCAGGUUGGGGGGAGUCUUGUUGAAAUAGUUGGAAUUUCGGAUGGUGCAGAUGUUGAGACUGAACCAGGUCCCAUUGGUGUAAAAGAAGGAAGUCUUGUUGGGAAAUAUGAAUCUCUUGUACAGAUUACUGUCAUCCCAAAAGGAAAGGAGCAGGUGUCUCCAAGGGAAGACAGUACUUCUCCCAAGGGUGUUACUGAUAAGCUACAACAGGUCUUGAACAAAGUUAAAAGCACUCAAAAAAGUGGGAUUUAUGAUGAUCUAUAUGGGGAUUCCUUUUUUGGAAAGGUGGGCUCAUCCUGGGCAUACAAGCCAGAUGGGCAGGCAGGUAACACCAAAAGCGUUGAAGAAAAUCCCCUUAGUUCUGCGACUGAGAAAAUCAAUGGUAGUUCAGAGGAUGACAGCGAUGAUCUUUUUGGUGACUAAUGAUGGCAUAUAACAGCUUGUUGUUCUCUUAUCUGUUCAUUGAAGGAGUCUCUAUUGAGGUAUGCCUCAAAUACACAUUUUUGGAAGCCAUGGUGGUAUAUGAAUGUUAUGUAACUGAGAAAUUUUGCUGUAGUUCCUCAUGAUUGUUUUUUAUGGCAUGACAUACACCAGAAAGGUACGCUUGGCUAGCCAAAUAUUAUUCUACAGUGAUAUGUUUGGGCUGUUCUCUAGUGAUGAACCUUUUACUUCUUUAAGUUACAUUUUCUCUCA